AAAUGUCUUUGGCAUACUAUAUAAAGCCAAGCAGAGGUAGCCAUUUUAACUCGCCUCAGAUCAAUCAAUUGUGUGAUCAAUUAAGAAAUACGAAAACAAUAAAUGGGUUUGACAGGGAAACUUGUUUCUCAAAUAGACAUAAAAUCCGAUGGAGAUGUUUUUCAUGAGAUUUUCAGAGAGAGACCUCACCACAUUUCAGACAUGAGCCCAGCUCACAUUCAAAACUGUGAUCUUCAUGAGGGUGAUUGGGGAAAAGUUGGAUCUGUUAUUUUCUGGAACUACACCCAUGAUGGGAAGGAGAGUGUGGCAAAGGAGAUAAUAGAAGCAAUUGAUGAGGAGAAGAAGUCGGUGACCUUCAAGGUGAUUGAAGGUGAUCUUAUGGAGCUCUACAAAUCCUUCAAGCUCACUGUCCACGUGGACACCUGCGGGGAUGACAACCUGGUGACGUGGACUUUCGAGUACGAGAAAAAGAGUGAAGAUGUUCCAGAUCCGCAUACUCUCAUGGACUUUUGCCUUAAACGUCGGACGAGAGAGCUACCAACACCACUCCUCAACUGUGGCACCCGACAUUCGACCGUCUGGAGAAAAGAUGAGCUUGAAGUGGGUCCCAUCUCGCCCGCUAUCGAACGCAAAAGGGUCGGUCGAGAUUUUGUAGGGACAAAAUGGGCAACGACGCCUUCGCCUACGCCAACAUCUAAUUGGCCGAAGCGGCAGACUGAGGUGGCGGCAACUUCAUGGUUGGACGGCGAGUGGCAGGGAGGCAUUCUACAUGGAGAGGAAAUAAUUGAGCCAAGGUGGAGGCUUCCGAAUCAAUUCCAGUAUGGAGACCGAUUUCCCGACAGCCGUGAAGCUCAGGAGCACCCUUUGCGGUGCCGUAUUCUCGGAGUCAAACCCGUCGAGGACUGCCUCAGAGCAUCUCAAGAGAGGGACAUGCCCCAACUCAGCCUCACGCUGAAGCCGAUUUCUCAGCUGCCGCCUUUGGCCUCGCCCUCUUCACACCCUAAUCACCGGAAAUGGAGCUAG